GUUACGUUUUGUUACUCGAAAAAGAUGUCUGCGCUCGCCGUCCAGGAUUUCAUCCAGCAGAACCGGGCCACCGCCCAGCAGGUGGAGACGUUUCGGGGUUACUGGGAGAGCGACAAGCACUGGGAGGCGCGGAGGGAGUUCAUCCUGCGGAACAUGAGCGACUUUGAGGCGGAUCGGCUGGACCAUCUGCUGUCCCUGUCCAUGGUGUGGGCCAACAACGUCUUCAUGGGCUGCCGUUACAGCACGGCGCUGCUGGACAAGGUGAAGGAAAUGGCGGACGGCAUCGUGGUGGAGGACGCACCCGUUUUCAAGACCAGAGAUGAAAUCAUCAAAAGUCAGCAGGGCCGAUGACCGGGACCGGCCGAUAACCGGGAAUCGCUCAAAUGUUUACCAACAUGGACCAAGUUUUUAUGGUUUUUACAAGUUUUUAAAAAUCAUGUAAAGAAACGGCAGAAUCUUCUGGGUGUGGGAGCCUCUCAUUUUAUCGACUUUACUAGGAACGCACCGAUAUGAAGUUUUGUUGGAUUAUUUAAUACUGUCGUUAUGGCCAAUAAUGACGGUAUUAAAUUAUUUGUUGUUUUCUUUGGAAAGAAAACAAAUAUUGGUUAAUAUCGGCCUGGUUUUAUUUACUGAUAUGUUAAAUUAGUAAUACUGAUGAUAUAUCAUGUAUCACUAGAUUUUACUGCAUUCAGUUAUGCAUAAAUAUGUACAUUUACUGUGAAACUGCAUGUUUUAUAGUAGAAUAAAGAACCUUGUUUGUUUUUUAA